AUGGCUGGGCUGCCGUUGUCCCCUGCGCCCAGCAACUGGUUGGUGGUGGUGCUGCUGCUGAUAUCAGCAGGUGAGAAGGUGCCCGCAACCAAAACAGAGGGCCUCUACCCGGAUUCCUCAGGUAGCCCUUGCUCCCAAAUCUGGCAGAACCCACGUUUUGUAGCCCGGAAACGGGGCUUCACGUUGGAGGUGAAAUGCCACACAAAUGGCACUGGUCUUGUGAAAUGGUUCCGGAAGCGACCGACGGACCAGGAGCCCCAGGAAUUGAUCCAGGAUCACAGCCACAUCCUGCAGACCCAGAACAACACCAUCUUCAUCCUCACCAUCCGAGACAUCCAGUAUGAGGACAAUGGCAUCUACUUCUGCCAGCAGACGUGUUUCGGGUCGCCCCAGGCGAUCCACUGGGGCUGCGGCACUGAGCUGCGGGUCAUGGGUUUCAGCUCCUUGGCCCAGCUGAAGCAGCGGAACACACUCAAAGAUGGUAUCAUCCUGAUCCAGACUCUGCUUAUCAUCCUCUUCAUCAUCGUGCCCAUCUUCCUGCUGCUGGACAAGGAUGACAGCAAGAUUGGGAUGGAAGAAGACCACACCUAUGAGGGCCUGAACAUUGACCAGACAGCCACCUACGAGGACAUAGUGACUCUGCGGACAGGAGAAGUGAAGUGGUCAGUGGGUGAGCACCCGGGCCAGGAGUGA